AUGCAGCUGGACCUGCAGCAGCCAGCACCUGUUGACCUCGGCGAGCUGGGGGAAGCUGCGCAGCGCCGCCAGCUGGCGCAGCUCCAGGAGGCGCUGGCGAAGGGCGGCGCCAGCCGGCUGGAGCACUAUGUGCACAACGUGGUGGGCGCCCUCAACCUGGCGCCCGCCAUGUUUGGGCAGCGCGAGACCUACCUGGAUGCAGUACGGCGUCGGCAGGACCGCGAGGCGCUGGCGCAGCUGCGCACCGGGUCGAAUUGGGGCGCGGAAGAGUCCGGCCGCUGGACGCGGCGCCCCCGAGAGCAGCGAGUCUGCCCCCACUGCCACGACGGCAUUGAAGAUGCCCCCCACAUGCUGCUCACCUGCCCCCUUUACGCCCCGCUGCGCCUCAACUUUCCUGACCUGUUUGCUGAGCCCCAUCCUCCCCACCGCUUCCUCAGCCAGAAACCGUGCCGCCUCGCCGCCUUUGCUGCCGCCUGUCACCAGCGCUGGCUGACCGCCACCGUUGCGCUGCCUGCAGUCCCGCCCUGA